ACGCAACUGAAGUGUACUGUUAAAGGGCUGAAGAGACCACUCGUCUGCCAUGAUCACUGUCGAUCCCUCGUCUUCAUCUAGAUUUGCCUGGGAGUUAUAGAGAGAGAAAGAGAGAGAGGUUACCGAUGCGCUGCAAAUGGGGAAAGUCGAAGAACAGCAUCUGCGGGAACAGCAGAUUCAGGGGACGCGACCAAGGACGAGGUCUUCUGGAAUCUUCUGCGAGAGAUGUUCGAUGGGUCUUAGUAGAAUCGCAGGGGAGUUUAAUUUCAAAUGCAUUGUUAUAUUGGUUCUUGGAUUAGUGGUGUUACUCUCUGCGAUCUUCUGGAUCCUUCCUCCACAGGCAAGACAAUCAGGGUUUGACGCAAAAGAAGCUAUCAAGCUCAGUGCUACUGUUCAGGCAUAUUUCAAGCUGCAAAGACCAGCUUCACGGCUUGUUCAACGCAUUGGAAGAUUAGAGUAUGACAUAUUUGAAGAAAUAGGUUUGCCAGAAACGAAGGUUGUUGUUCUAUCCAUGCACCAAGGAAGUGACCCUAACUAUACUGAUGUGGUGUUUGGUGUUCUUUCUGAUCCAAUGAAUGCGUCAAUAAAUCCAGUGCCAUUAAGUGUUCUGAGAUCAUCUUUAGUAGAUGUAUUCCUUCAGCAGUUCAAUCUGACUUUGACAACAUCUGUUUUUGGGAAACUAUCUUCAUUCGAGAUUUUGAAAUUUCCAGGGGGAAUCACUAUAAUCCCUGAGCCGUAUGCUUCCUUUUGGCAGAUACCACAGAUCCUCUUUAACUUUACUCUCAAUAAUUCUGUAUCUGAUAUACGGAAAAAUUUCAGUGCGUUGAAGGAGCAGCUGAAGUUUGGGUUGCGUUUGAAGUCCUACGAGAAUGUGUACAUACAGGUGACAAACAAAGAUGGCUCGACAAGAAAUCCACCAGUUACAGUUCAGGCUUCAGUUACAUCAGAUCUGGGGAGCCUUCCGCCUCAGAGAUUGAAACAGUUGGCCCAAAUAAUAGAAGGAUCCCCUUCUGCAGAGAAUCUUGGCCUUGAUAACUCAGUUUUUGGUAAAGUGAAGGAAAUAAGUUUAUCUUCUUACCUAAACCUAACACUUAAUUCAACUCCUUCAACUCCUCCAAUUCCAUCUCCGGCUCCUUCUCCAGAUCUUUCUCCAUCUUACUCUCCAAUUCCCUCACCUUGCUUUAAGUGCAAAACUGCAUAUCCAAAUCCAAAAAGUGGAGCUUAUUAUUCUUUGCCUCCCAUUUCAACUUCUACACCGUCUGGGGUAACUGCCCAUCCACCUUGCCCUUGUCCAUAUGGUGGUCUUAGUCCAAGCUCUUCAACUGGUUCUCAAUCUGAAUCACCCAUUCCGUCUGCUAUUUCAUUCUCCGUUCCUAGUCCUUACUCACCUCUUAUGGCUCCUACAUCAAAAUUAUCCCCUGAUCUAUCACCUGCUCCUGUGGUAUCAUAUGGUUCUGGUCCAGGCCACGAAAAGGGAAGUAGGAAGGGCUCGAAAUAUCGAAUUUCGUCAUCAGGUUCUUCCUACAAGAAGACCAGGCUAUUAGUUUUGCCUGCACUUUUUGUAAUAUUCCCAAUCCUUUGUUGGUGAUUUUGAUAGUUUUUUGCCCUCAUCAAACACACUGAAACAGAUUUGCCUGAAGCAAAAUACUGCUGCUUACUGAUGUUCGGUAUUCAGUUUUGUUCUGGCUAGAGGAACAACUGUGAAAAUGUCAUUUGGAUUUCCUAUUUUUCUUUGGGCAGCCACAAAUAUGCACUAGUGGAAGGCGAAUAGUAGGCUAAAGCCAUAAAGGUGGCAUUCAGAUCAUCUUCGAAUUGUGUUUAUAGUGUUGCAAGAAAUGAGGGUUGUUCUUCCCGAAGGGAAUUGCUCCUUUACAAAAUGUAGUUAAAAAAUUGUACACUGCCUUGCGGACUUCUGACAUAUUAUUGUUUUAUAGUGAUCCAAGUGUAAAGAAAUGUUCUGGUUUCUUAUUCUUCUUGCACAGCAUGUUUUGUUCCAUGUGGAGUGGUCUCCCUAACCAUGGUUUCUCAGGAAAAUGUAAUUUGAAAAUAACCAUGGUUUAUUUUCAAUUAGUGUAAUACAUUUAUUACCUAUAAUUCUUCUUCCAGCGCUUUUUGGCUA